AUGGGUUUUCUCGCUUCAAAUGUCAGCCAGCCCAAUCUAGCCAUCAAUGAUCCAGAAGACAUGCCCAUGGUCCUCGACGACAUCAGUGCCGAGUGGAUCGGAAGAGCAAUCGGGAUCAAGGUCGACAGCAUAAAGGUCGACCUCGUCCUCCCGGGAACCGCGACCAAAGUCUUGAUCAGCAUCGACUACGGCAGCAGGCGACCAAAGGAUGCCCCCCAGACGGUCUGCCUCAAGGGCGGAUUCAGCCACGACUUGCGUGACCUCGCUUUAGGGUUGGCUUACCGCCGAGAAGCUGAGUUUCUCGCACAUGUGGCGACGUCGCCCAAACUCCAGAUGCGCCUCCCACGCGUCUGGUACGCAGCAACCAACGUCAGGCAGAACCAAGGACUGGUUGUUCUGGAGAACCUGACUGCUACAGGUUGCACAUUCGGAGAAUGUACCAUUCCGCUGUCGGUACAGCAUGUCGGGAGCGGGUUACAGCAGCUGGCGUCUUUGCAUGGCCUCACCUGGGGCUGUCCAGUGGGCAAAUAUCCAUGGAUGACCUCGGCGAAUCCCAUCCAAGAAGUGGCCGGUGCCAUGUUCUCCAAGCAGUAUUGGGAGCAGCACUUCUCAGAAGAGGCUGUUCGCUCGCAGGUGCCCGCAGACAUGCUCGAUAGGACUCGCAUGUUUGCUGCCUUCAGGCAGAUGUGGUCCACUGCAGACCCCAAACUACGUUGCAUCGUCCACGGUGACCCUCAUCCUGGCAACCUUUUCUUUGCGCCUGGCGGAGAGCUGGGUUUUCUGGAUUUCCAGGCCGUUUUCUCCGGCUCUAGCAUGCACGAUGUAGCAUACUUUGUCGCGGGCUCGCUGACAGUGGAGGAUCGCCGGUCUUCUGAGCGACACCUGCUCGAAAAGUACUACCUCCCCUCACUGCACAAAGCCGGCGGUCCUCAACUCUCGAUCGAUCAGAUUUGGGAUGAUUACAGACGACAUCAAUUGCAUGGCUUCUUCUGGGCCAUGACAGGGACGUUGAUGCAGACUAAAGAACGAGCAGCAGCGAUGGCAGCCCGGCAUAUAGCGGCUAUUCAAGAUCACAAUACUCUCAAACUACUCGAGAGAUAG